AUGGGCUCGUCAAUGGCCCAGAGACAUAUUACCUGCAAAUUACAACUAUCACAACCUACAAAAUCAUCAACAAUGGCGGCGCCGUCUACGCUUUCUCUCUCCUCCCAGGACCAGACCUCUAAUUUUGCCCUUCAACGAUAUCUUGCCUUGCACUCCCAGCACGAGGAGCUGCGACAGCACCUGGACCAGAUCCGGCCCAUGACCACCUGCAGCACAUCUCUCACCUCGUCACCGUCGGUUUCACCCACCCGCAGCACCUGCUCGCCGUUCGGACAGUACCCCAGCGCGCGAAGACACCACAGCCGGCGCUCGUCGCUCAGCGGACCCAAGACACGGCGAAGCAGCUCGCUGGCCCCUAUCGCCGAUGAGACGACCAUCUGGGCCGUUGCGGAGGAGGAGCAGCGCCUGUUCGACGUCAAUGAGGGCAUGAAGCGGGCCCUGAUGGAGCUCCUCAACUGCGAACAGGUGCGGAGCGAUAGCUCGUUCCGCAUGUGGGUUCAGUGCCGCUUGAUGGACACAGAAAAGGAGCUUCGCUCCGAGCGACGACGCAAGAGCGCCCCUUGA